GCGCAACACCACCGCCCUUUCUCUCUCUAAAAUAUUACCGGUCGUCGCCGGAGAAAAUAUCCGUCGAAUUCGCCGGCGAUAACUCUCACCGGGAAACAAUCUCUCUUACAAUUUCACUUUUAUCAAACUUCCAUAUUUCAAUAGACCGACGUCAUACUGUUACCGGCGGCAGUGGAGCAACGCCGGAGGAGAAGGAGGAGGAAGUAAGUUUCAUUUCCAGUUCUAGUUUCAACUAAUUUAAUACGGCAUCAUUCACGGUGGUUGAUUACCGGAAAGUACGCCGUGUUUUUAGUUUUUUUCUUUUUUUAGAACAGUGAGGUUAUCGGGAAAAGGAAACGGCGACGUUUAAUGACUCAGGGAACAUUAAAUGACGUUGUUUUAGUGAUAUAAUCAGCGAAGGUUUAUUAAAAGGAGGGAGUUUUAAAACGGGGUUUUGUUUAAAAACGGUGUCGUUUUUAAGAAAAAUGGUUUGACUGAUUCAUUCUCGAAACGGGAGAAAGAAGAAAAACAGAGGAAGGGAACGGUGUCGUAUGGGGAGGUUAGGAGUUGGGUUAGCGGUGGGUUGUGCUAUGGCGGCGUGUAUUGUAGCAGCAGCUAUGGUGGGUAAGAGGGUAAGUAAGAGGAGGAAAUGGUUGAAAAUGGUGAAAGUUUUGGAAGAACUGGAAGAGUCAUGUGAUACUACUGUUUUUAGAUUAAAGCAAGUAGUUGAUGCUAUGGCUGUUGAAAUGCAUGCUGGACUUGCUUCUGAAGGAGGGAGUAAACUCAAGAUGUUGCUUACAUAUGUUGAUAAACUCCCAAAUGGGAGUGAGGAGGGAACAUAUUAUGCUCUGGACCUUGGUGGUACAAACUUUAGAGUUUUGAGAGUCCACUUAGGAGACCAAAGGUCUGCUAUUCUUGGACAAGAUAUUGAACGCCAACCCAUUCCGCAACACCUAAUGACAAGCACAAGCGAGGAUCUCUUUGAUUUCAUUGCUUCAUCGCUAAAGGACUUCAUUGAAAAAGAGGGUAAUGACUUAGAACAGACUUCACCUAGGAGGAGAGAACUUGGUUUCACAUUUUCAUUUCCUGUGAAGCAAUCUUCCGUCUCAUCUGGCAUUUUGAUGAAAUGGACAAAAGGAUUUGCAAUUGAAGAUAUGAUUGGGAGAGACGUUUCUGAAUGUCUGCAGCUAGCACUCUCCAGGAAAGGUCUAGAUGUGCGCGUUGCAGCACUGAUAAAUGAUACUGUGGGAACUCUAGCUCUUGGACAUUAUAAUGAUGAAGACACAGUUGCUGCGGUUAUAAUUGGGACUGGCACUAAUGCAUGCUAUUUGGAGCGGGCAGAUGCAAUUAUUAAGUGUCAAGGUCUUCUAACAACAUCUGGAAGCAUGGUGGUCAAUAUGGAAUGGGGAAACUUUUGGUCAUCUCAUUUACCAAGAACCUCAUAUGAUAUCGACUUGGAUGUUGCUAGCCCAAACCCAAAUGAUCAGGGCUUUGAGAAAAUGAUAUCAGGAAUGUAUUUGGGAGACAUUGUCCGGAGAGUGCUCCUUAGAAUGUCUAAGCAAUCAGAUGAUUUUGGACCUUCAUCUUCAAAAUUAGCAAUUCCUUUCGUCUUGAGAACACCGUUGAUGGCUGCUAUGCAUGAGGAUGAUUCACCUGACUUGAGUGAAGUAGCCAAAAUCCUAGAAGAAGUUCUGGAGUUACCCGAUGUGCCAGUGAAAGUCCGGAAGCUUGUAGUGAAGGUAUGUGAUGUCAUUACUCGAAGGGCUGCUAGACUAGCAGCUGCUGGUAUCGUAGGAAUCUUGAAGAAGAUUGGUCGAGAUGGGAGUGGGGGCAUAGCCAGUGGAAAGUUCAGGAGUAAUAGACCAAGUCGGAUGAGAAGAACAGUUGUGGCUAUCGAGGGUGGUUUAUACACAAGUUACACCACAUUCAGAGAAUACCUGAAUGAAGCAAUGGCGGAAAUUUUAGGGGAAGAAGUUUCCCCUUACGUCGUUCUUAGGGUCAUGGAAGAUGGAUCAGGCACUGGAGCAGCUCUUGUUGCUGCUGCAAAUUCACCCCCUGAGGCAGCGGCGGAUACAGUACAGCUGCAGUGAAUAGAAGCAAAUACUAAUAUAUAUAUAUAUAUACAUAUAUAUAUCUAUACACAGCUUUGUAAAUUGUAGAAAAAUAUCUCAAUCCAUCAAAAUGUAAAAGGGAGGUUGUGUAUAUGUGUCAUAUAUGUCAAAAUAUGAUAUAUUAUAUGUAGUCUAGGAUAUCCCCAUUGCUGUCUUAGAAUGAUAUUGGCCCAUUGCAAGUUGAAGAAAAUUAAUGGUAUUGUUUAUUUCAUGAAGUGUUUACCCCAAUUCUUUAUUUUGUGUAUGUAAAUACAUGAUCUUUUGAAAUGUUCUCAUUUAAUUAUUUAUUCAUU